AAUUUCAACUAAUGACGACCCCAUGUGUGCAGAGUAUAACUGCUCCAUAGGAUUUUCAAGGCUGUGGCUUUUUGGAAGCAGAUCACCAGGCCUGUCUUCCGAGGUGCCUCUGGGUAGGUUGGAACUGCUAACCUCUUGGCUGGUAGUCUAGUGCUCGUGUCCUCUUCUCCUUAACAAUUUAUGAAUAUUCAGAUUCAAAAGUACAAAUUAUGUAAGUUGGAUCUUUUCUAGAUAGAGACGUCUUUUAUGAUUGUCUGAAUUUUAUGUUAGCAGUCCAAAAGUAUCCCAGUUGUUGCCUGGAUGGGGGUGGAGCAGAGGAAGUGGGUGGUGCUCACAAUAGUGACAGAUUAUUGCAGAUUAUAUGGCUGCUUGCCAAAAUACCACUAGUUGAAGGGAAAAGUGGAAGUUACUAACUGCGUCCUAUGAAUUUGUACGUGUUUAUUUAACCAGUGAUAAUUACUUGCUGGUUUUAUACACAGAUGACAAGUUGUAAAGUUCUGAAUUACUUGACGUGUGCUUAGUCUUAUAUUCUUUAAUUUACCAUGUUCAUAUUCCUUAUCUUGUGGUCUGCAAAGAUCACGCUGACCUCUUUAUGGAAGGCUAUGUGUUAGCAGAGAAAAAGGGAGGAGAGGAGACAGCUCUUUAAGGUACAGCUGCUCUGUUUGCUAGGUAAAAUUAUUGCAGAGAUAAAAUGUAAAUAUGCACCAUCACAUUUAGACGAUUUAUAUAAAGUACUAAUAAAAAUAAUCAUUUCUUGUGAAGGAGUGUAUAUCUCUGAAAAGUUCUGGUUCAGCUUGAAAUUGAGAUUCUUACUAUUGCAACAUAAAAGGAAGCUUUGUGGAGGAAAUAUGACAUCUCUGCCCAGAUGCAUAAGAAGAGAAUUACAGUGAAGAGUUAUUUUUAGGAGUGUCUUGUUAUUAAUGCAUUUUAUGUACAGAGAAGUGCCUUUAAAAGGUUUGCUUCUAUCUCAUGAUCACUGGUAGGAAUUAUACAGGUUACUCAGGUCAACAUGUAUAUUUGACUAAGAAAUACUUUUUAAAGUAUGGGCACCAAUUUGAUGCCACCAGCCAGCCUAGUUGGUCUUAGCCUGGCUGAUUUAAGUAGUAACUUUUUUUUUUUUAAAUGCAACCAAACUGAGAAGAUAUUGAGAUCCUGUCAAUACCAUCAAAUAGCAAUGUAAUAUUAAGUUGUUCUGCUAAAAGAAGGGUCAGUUUAACUCCCAGUUCAUAGCACUCCAGGAACUCUCCUUCAAGAAUGGAGUGCAGUGUGUUCAGCACUAGGAAAGGUUAGAAGUGAGUCAAGGAAUCUAUCCACUUGUAUUGUGUAUACAGUUGAAACUGCCCCUCCUUAACUCUUUUACACAUGUCCGGGUUCCUUAUAUCUCUUACUUUGGAUUUUGGUCACAUAUGUUUGAGGCUGGCGGUAUAAUGAUUAACCACCAGCAUGUUAGAUGAACGUGUCUGCCAUGUGUGACCUUGCACAAACCCCUUAACCACCCCUAAGCCUCAGUUUCUUCAUCUGUAAAAUGGGCAUAACCAUAGUACCUACUCUACAGGAUUGCCGUGAUGAUUAAAUGAGAUAAUGUAUGAAAAGCAGAAGUUUGGCUGCACAUGGUAAAGGAAGGGCUCAGUGAGUGAUAGUAGUUAUAGUGAUUUUUGUUAUUUUGGGGCAUUUCAGUUCUUAUUCACAGCUCUGCCAGAAAAUGAUCAUGGGAAGAGAUAUAAAACAAUACAUGCAGUCAUGUAUAGGUAAUUGAAUUAGUGUUACAAUAAUAGAAGUAUUAUAUGAUGGGAACACAUAAAUGCAAUUUGUCAAUCUUUUUUAUGCCACUUCUCUUACCACAUUAUAUAUUACCUAUUCCAAGGGAGGGAGGAGACAAUAGGUGAAUGUGUAUUUAAAUAAUUAUUGUCCAAAAUGAUUAAAUAAUCUGAUAAAUUUAGCUUUAGUAACAUUUUUCUUUUCAUUUUUCACUUUAGAGAAUUUCUUCCCAAUUUAACUGUACAACUCAGGAAAGCAACAAUGCAAAAGUGCUGAUUUCUUAAUUCAUUUUUCUCAAUAAGAUGUGUUUGUUUUCUUCUGAGUGGACCACUAUCAGAUAAAAUUAGGACUAUGUCUCAAAAUUUUAGGCAUGCUUCGCAUAACGUCCAUUGAGGCAACGUCAGACCGCAUAGACGUCCAUGAUCACAUAAGGUUAUAAUAGAGUUUAGAAAUCCUGAUCCGAGAUCGGGACAGAGCGGAUGUAACUGAACAUAGCGAACGCAACAGCUUCCUACAAGCAACAGAUGAGGCUACUGAGCUUAGAAAAGUUAAGCAACGUCCUAAAGAUCACACAGCUGGUGCACCAGAAAUACUGCAGACUGAAGUUAUAAAGGGGAAGAGAUUGCUGCUAAAAUGAAUCUGAGCAAUACCGUGUAUUUUGUGCCAUGUACAAAAAGGUGCUGAAGAUUUACCAAAAGAAUAUUUAUCAAUGAGAGAUAAAGCUGACUGGGAUAUCAAAAAAUAAAGUGCUCUCAAUACUGGACAUCAUGCCUAAAGGGGUGUCAAAGGACCCAGAGCUUGCUGAUCUGUUCUACAAAGAUGAUCCUGAAGAACUUUUUAUUGAUUUGCAUGAAAUUGGACAUGGAAGUUUUGGAGCAGUUUAUUUUGCCACAAAUGCUCGUACCAAUGAGGUGGUGGCAGUUAAGAAAAUGUCCUAUAGUGGGAAGCAGAUGCAUGAGAAAUGGCAAGAUAUUCUUAAGGAAGUCAAAUUUUUAGGACAGUUGAAGCAUCCCAAUACAAUAGAAUACAAAGGUUGUUAUUUGAAAGAGCAUACUGCUUGGUUGGUGAUGGAAUAUUGCUUAGGCUCAGCUUCAGAUUUAUUAGAAGUCCAUAAGAAACCGCUUCAGGAGGUUGAGAUCGCUGCCAUUACUCAGGGUGCUUUGCAGGGGCUAGCCUACCUGCAUUCUCAUGCAUUGAUUCAUAGGGAUAUUAAAGCGGGAAAUAUUCUUCUAACAGAGCCAGGUCAGGUGAAACUAGCUGAUUUUGGAUCUGCCUCAGUGGCUUCUCCUGCCAACUCCUUCGUGGGCACACCUUACUGGAUGGCACCAGAGGUGAUCCUAGCUAUGGAUGAAGGACAGUAUGAUGGGAAAGUUGAUGUUUGGUCACUUGGGAUCACCUGUAUUGAAUUAGCGGAACGGAAGCCCCCCCUUUUCAACAUGAAUGCAAUGAGUGCCUUAUAUCACAUUGCCCAGAAUGACUCACCAACAUUACAGUCCAAUGAAUGGACAGACUCCUUUAGGAGAUUUGUUGAUUACUGCUUGCAGAAAAUACCUCAGGAAAGGCCAACGUCAGCGGAACUAUUACGGCAUGACUUUGUUCGACGAGAUCGGCCACUGCGUGUCCUGAUUGACCUUAUACAGAGGACAAAAGAUGCUGUUCGUGAGCUAGAUAACCUGCAGUAUCGAAAAAUGAAAAAAAUUCUUUUCCAAGAGACACGAAAUGGACCCUUGAAUGAAUCACAAGAAGAUGAAGAAGACAGCGAACAUGGAACCAGCCUGAGCAGGGAAAUGGACAGCCUGGGCAGCAACCAUUCCAUCCCAAGCAUGUCUGUGAGCACAAGCAGCCAGAGCAGCAGUGUGAACAGCAUGCAGGAGGUCAUGGAUGAGAGCAGCUCUGAGCUUGUCAUGAUGCAGGAGGACGAAAGCACAAUAAAUUCCAGUUCCUCCAUUGUGCACAGGAAGGAUCAUGUAUUCAUAAGGGAUGAGGCGGGCCACGGCGAUCCCAGGCCUGAGCCGCGGCCUACCCUGUCAGUUCAGAGCCGGGCCCUCCACUACCGGAACAGAGAGCGCUUUGCCACGAUCAAAUCAGCAUCUUUGGUUACACGGCAGAUCCAUGAGCAUGAGCAGGAGAACGAGUUGCGGGAACAGAUGUCAGGUUAUAAGCGGAUGCGGCGCCAGCACCAGAAGCAGCUGAUCGCCCUGGAGAACAAGCUGAAGGCUGAGAUGGACGAGCACCGCCUCAAGCUACAGAAGGAGGUGGAGACGCAUGCCAACAACUCAUCCAUCGAGCUGGAGAAGCUGGCCAAGAAGCAAGUGGCUAUCAUAGAAAAAGAGGCAAAGGUAGCUGCAGCAGAUGAGAAGAAGUUCCAGCAACAGAUCUUGGCCCAGCAGAAGAAAGACUUGACAACUUUCUUAGAAAGUCAGAAGAAGCAGUAUAAGAUUUGUAAGGAAAAAAUAAAAGAGGAAAUGAAUGAGGACCAUAGCACACCCAAGAAAGAAAAGCAAGAGCGGAUAUCCAAGCAUAAAGAGAACUUGCAGCACACACAGGCUGAAGAGGAAGCCCACCUUCUCAGUCAACAGAGACUGUACUAUGACAAAAACUGUCGUUUCUUCAAGCGGAAAAUAAUGAUCAAGCGGCACGAGGUGGAACAGCAGAACAUUCGGGAGGAACUAAAUAAAAAGAGGACCCAGAAGGAGAUGGAGCAUGCCAUGCUAAUCCGGCACGAUGAGUCCACCCGAGAGCUAGAGUACAGGCAGCUGCACACGUUACAGAAGCUUCGCAUGGAUCUGAUCCGUCUACAGCACCAGACCGAACUGGAAAACCAGUUGGAGUACAACAAGAGGCGAGAAAGGGAACUGCACAGAAAGCAUGUCAUGGAACUCCGGCAACAGCCAAAAAACUUAAAGGCCAUGGAAAUGCAAAUUAAAAAACAGUUUCAGGACACUUGCAAAGUACAGACCAAACAGUAUAAAGCACUCAAGAAUCACCAGUUGGAAGUUACUCCAAAGAAUGAGCACAAAACAAUCUUAAAGACACUGAAAGAUGAGCAGACGAGAAAACUUGCCAUUUUGGCAGAGCAGUAUGAACAGAGUAUAAAUGAAAUGAUGGCCUCUCAAGCGUUACGGCUAGAUGAGGCUCAAGAAGCAGAAUGCCAGGCCUUGAGGCUACAGCUCCAGCAGGAAAUGGAGCUGCUCAAUGCCUACCAGAGCAAAAUCAAGAUGCAAACAGAGGCACAGCAUGAACGCGAGCUCCAGAAGCUAGAGCAGAGGGUGUCUCUGCGUAGAGCACAUCUUGAGCAGAAGAUUGAAGAAGAGCUGGCUGCCCUUCAGAAGGAACGCAGCGAGAGAAUAAAGUACCUAUUGGAAAGGCAAGAGCGAGAGAUUGAAACUUUUGACGUGGAGAGCCUCAGAAUGGGAUUUGGGAAUCUGGUUACAUUAGAUUUUCCUAAGGAGGACUAUAGAUGAGAUUAAAUUUUUUGCCAUUUACAAAAAAAAGAAAAACAAAAAAAAUUCAGACCCUGCAAAACCACAUUCCCCAUUUUAACGGGCGUUGCUCUCGCGCUCUCUCUCUCUCUCUCUCUUACUCUUACUGACAUCGUGUCGGACUAGUGCCUGUUUAUUCUUACUCCAUCAGGGGCCCCCUUCCUCCCCCCGUGUCAACUUUCAGUGCUGGCCAGAACCUGGCCAUCUCUUCUACUCACUCAUAGUACACGUCACAGUAUUGAUGUGAUUCAAAAUGUUUCAGUGAAAGCUUUUGGAGACAAUUUUAACAAAACCAAUAAACCAACAACAACAACAAAAGUGGAUGUAUAUUGCUUUAAGCAAUCACUCAUUACCACCAAUCUGUGAAAGUAAAGCAAAAAAAUAAAUAAGUAAAUAAAUAAUAAAUGCCAAGGGGGAGAGAGACACAAUAUCCGCAGCCUUACACCUUAACUAGCUGCUGCAUUAUUUUAUUUUAUUUUAUUUUUUUGGUAUUUAUUCAUCAGGAAUAAAAAAAAUAAAAAAAAACAAAGUUUUAUUAAAGAUUGAGAAUUUGAUACAUUUUACAGAAACUAAUUGUGAUGUACAUAUCAGUGGUGACAUAUUAUUACUUUUUUGGGGAUUGGGGGGAUAGGUGGGGUGAAGAGAUCUUGUGAUUUUUAAGAACCUGCUGGCAAGAGUUUAACUUGUCUUCAGCAUAUUCUGAUUGUAUCAUAAUCAUUUUCUGCUGUUGCAGAGGAUGUGAAUACACUUAAGGAGCUCACAGAAUCCCAGUAGCACAAAUUGGGCUUUGGCAAAUCGUGUAUUUUGUGUAUAGAAGGAAUUUAAGGAGAGGUAUUACUUAUUUUCAUAUUGUAUUUUAACUGUUUCUCUGAUCAAAUUUUUUUACUUCCUCCUCCUGUUCCUCCCCCCCACCUCCCUCCUUUUCCAAUUCAGUAUUUGGAGUUCAACACUGUUUCUCAAUCAGAUCAUCUUGAUCUUUUUCUUUAUUUCCCUUCCCCUCCCUAAGUCCCAUAUCUUGGUCAUAAAUAUUGCAUUAUUCACACUUUCAAACUGUGUAUUUUCUUACAAUAAAAAAUGAUGAAAAAAAAAAGGCUUUACUUCUUUUGCAUGCACUUUAAAAAAAAAACAAAACAAACCAUU